AUGUCAACUAAACAACAACAACAACCAGUUUAUCAACUACAACUACCACAACAACAACAACAACAACAACAACAACCAUCUACAAAACAAAAUAUAACAACUACUCAACCAUCUCAACCAUCACCAAUUUAUUUGACAUCAUUAUUUUUCAAAAUAUUUACAAAUGAAUCACUAAGAGAGGGGAUUAUCAAACAUAUAUGGAGUAGUAGAUCGGUAUUUUCAAGCAAUGUAUCAUAUAAACCAUUGGUCUAUCAGAGAUAUCAGUCGUUAAACUCGGCCGAAUGGAUCUGCAAGAAUGGUUAUUUCCACUUGUUGGUCGACAAGAUUAAAUGUGGCAAACCUCUUAUAUUCACAGCCAAGGCAAUCGACCUGCUCGCUGGCCACUGUCGGGACAUGAAUAUAUUCAGCUAUGUGUUUCGCGAAAAGAGAGAAUACUUUUUCAACCCAGGUCUCAUUGAGCGGGCGUGUGAGACUGGCAACUUGGACGUUGUCAUGUUUCUAAUGUCCACCUCACUGUGGAGUCUGAACCUGGCUUGCAUGGAACUAGCCGUUUGUAACGGACAUGUUGAAACUGUCCAAUUUAUUCACCACCAAAGUAGUGUCUCUGGUAACCCAUCAGGCAGCUUCCAACUACUCCUUUCAUCACCCUAUUCUGCUUCAUCUUCAUCUUCAUCACCCUCUUAUUCCUCUUCGACUACGGGGUCACCCGACUGUACAUUUUCUUCACCUAUGGGGUCACCAAAUCUUCAACCCCAAAUGUUUAUUCAACAACAUCAUAAUCAUAAUCAUCAACUCAACUCACCUCAACUAAAUUCUGUAUCACCUCCACAACCACAAAAUAAUUUCAUUCCAACUGUAAAUCUAGUACAUACAUCUCCCUUACAAAAACAGUCUGUUUCCAUCCCACACCUCUUUACACUAGCUGUUCAACGCAAAGCUGUUAAAGUGGCUCAAUUCAUAUUCGACAGGAUCGGCUUCUUUUUGGCAUCGUCCAUCGAUGGCAUGUUUAAGAAUUUGUGUCUUUGUGGUGACUUUGGCUUUUUCAAGCAGUAUAUUGAGCGUGAUAGCCGUAACACGAUCCCACCCGUCACUGCCAACAUGAGCGGACCGCAGCUAUACACACUCUACAUUCGCUGGGCAUACCUCAACAAACAAAAACUUGUAAAUGAUAUGUCCAACUAUAUCCUCAAGAGCGCAGUUGCCCUCGGCGACGUCGAGUUGUUCACCUUUGCGCACAAGAGUUUUGCCAAUCCCCAUAUAUCACGUUUCCUCCCUUUGGCAUGCCAACGCGGUAAUCUAGGUAUCGUACACUACCUCUUGGAGAACAACAUCGAGUCGCUCACCAGCCGAGUCAUCCAAAUCGCCUAUUUUGGUGCACAUACCGAUAUCAUUGACUACUUUAAAAAGCAUUUGAAGUCUCUGCCACUCGACACAUCCUAUCAUUACCGUAAACCAGUCGAUUGGCCAGUCUCCCAAUAUCCCAUUGAAAUUCUAGAAGCUCGUGCCAACUCUAACAACAAUAACUCUAGCUCCAAACCAACUGUUGUUGAUCCAGUGUUGGCGCUUAUUUCGUCGCCUGAAGUACUUACCCCAUCCGAGCUACAAAUGAUCUUUGUCCGCUCGUUUACAGACGGUGACCACAGUGCACUGCGCACAAUCCUCGCCACCAACCUCAUCGACAAUGUAUCUGUCUCCAAAUCCAUCUGGCAAAUGGUCGCCAAGAUUGGUGACAUUGAAUUAUUCGACGCCAUGCUCUCUAUUCACUCUAGAAUCAACUCUUCACAAACUAGAAGGUCAUCAUCGACCAUUUCUAACAACAAUUCUCUUGCACCACCUAAUCAAAUGACCUCUGCUGGAGGUGCCACUAAAACAACAAACAAAUUAAAUAAUAAUAGAUCAAGUAAUAUUUAUAAAUUAAAUAAUCAAAAUAAUCAAAAUAAUCAAAAUAAUCAAAAUAAUCAAAAUAGUCUCCAACAACAAUCGCAACCAAAUAAUAAUGGUAAUUCUAAAUCUCAACCACAACAACAACAACAACAAGAUCCAAUUAGAGCAAUUAUAAACAAGGUGGCAGUUGAUUGUUGUAUAUGGGGACAAUUGGAUUUACUGAAACAUCUUGUAUCGAAACACUCACUCGAGACUGACCACCAAACACUCGAAUAUCUAAUCAACUCGGCCACUUUCAAUGGUAACUGCCAUAUAGUGUCCCAUCUCUUGGACAAUUACAAGAUUGACAAGUCCAACUCGUCCUUUAAGAAAUCCAAGUUUUUCCGAUGUCUCAUCAAACACGCCGUCAACUAUCGUCACUACGACCUUGUAAAGUUAUACAACACCACCUAUCUUGUACCACUAGACAAGAAAUUAUUAAAACUAUCAUCAACACCUUGUAAUAUUGAAGUAUUGACUACCAAUCUUUUCAAAUCAUCAUAUAAAAAGAAACAACAUAAAAAUAACAAUAAUAAUAAUAAUAAUAGUUUAUCCAGUCCAUCCAUUUCAUCUUCAACUCCUUCAGCUUAA